AUCAUUUAGAUUAUAAAUCAAAAAUAAUAAUAAUUUUCAUUCUUUUUAAAAUCAUUCGAUAAUCGAAAAAAUGGCGAAUAAUCGAUUACGAUUAUCACAAAAACAACAACAACAACAACAACAACAAUAUCAGCCAUUAUCAACCUUGGCAAUGAUCAUCAUAACCAUAUUAUUUUUAAUGAAUGAAAUUCAACAAAAUCAAGCUGGUCCAAUGGCACAAAUGCGUGCAUUUCGUCUUGGUCAAAGUUUAACACGUCCACCAAUGACCGUUUGGUUGCGUGUAUUUUAUCCGUUUCCAAUCGAUGUUGUUGAAAAGAAAUAUGUACCAGUGAAAAUACCGACACCUGUUUAUGUGAAUGGAAUGCCACCAUCAUCAUCACUAAAAUCUACAAUACCAUCAUCAGCAUCUAGAAAUUAUUUACCAUUAUCAUCCAUAAAUUAUCCACAAUUAUCAUCAUAUCCAUCAUCGUAUGCAAGAAAUCCAAAUUAUUAUUAUUAUUAUAAAAAUAGUUAUUCAGCCAAACAAAACCAACUACAACAACAACAACAACAACAACAAUCAUAUUAUUAUGGCAAUUAUCUACAUGAAUCAACAACAGAUUUAUCACCAAAAUAUCAAAUACAAUCCAAAUUAAUGGCACCAAAAGAAUAUUCCAAUUAUUAUUAGAGCCAAUUACAUCGACAAUUUGUUCCUAUAUAUAAUCAAUCAUCAUUUAACAAUGUUAUCAAACAAUAAAAAAAAACCAUUUUUGAUC